GCUCCGCGUCCCCAUCCGGGCCAGGCCCGACCGGGAGGUCAGUCGGAAGCUUCCGGCUAGUGGCGAGCGGAAACCCAGGUGUCCGGGCAGUGGGCGCUGAGGGAGUUGGAGAUGUGCAUCUAGAGAGGCACCGCGACCCUUGCCACCUGUCUCUCCACCCACACACCGAGGUCCUCUCCACCCAUCCUGGCCCCACCCACGCUGCCUUGGGAGUCGCUCAAAAGUAGGGCCCCAAGGCUCAGAGCAGCUGGGUAUGGGUACCGGAAAUGAAAGUCCAGAGCCGGACUGCCAGAAACAGUUCCAGGCCGCAGUCCGCGUCGUUCAGAACCUGCCUAAGAACGGCUCUUACCGCCCCUCCUAUAAAGAGAUGCUGCGAUUCUACAGCUACUACAAGCAGGCUACCAUGGGGCCCUGCCUGGUCCCCCAGCCUGGGUUCUGGGACCCUAUUGGACGUUAUAAAUGCCCUCUGUUCCCCAGGGAUGCCUGGAACAGCCUGGGCGAGAUGAGCAGGGAGCAGGCCAUGUCCGCCUACAUCACUGAGAUGAAGCUGGUGGCCCAGAGGGUGAUCGACACAGUGCCCCUGGGCGAGGUGGCAGAGGACAUGUUUGGUUACUUCGAGCCCCUGUACCGGGUGAUCCCUGACAUGCCGAGGCCCCCGGAGACCUUCCUGAAAAGGGUCACAGGUUGGAAAGAGCAGGUGCUGAAUGGAGACGCCGAGCCUGCCCCAGAGCCUCCCUGCCUUCCCAAGGAACCAGCACCCCCAAGCCCAGGGUCCCGGCCCCCCAGGGACCAGGACUCUGAGGUUUUCUGUGAUUCCAUGGAGCAGCUGGAGCCUGAGCUGCAGGUUGGGGCAGAGCAGAGGGGCGCCCUGGGAGGGGAGCUCAACACCGGGAACAGCACCGAGUCUCCUGCAGAGGAAGGGAGAUUGGAAAGCACCCUGCUGGGGCCCCAGGAAUUGGACACGUGGCUGGUGGGGACAGUUCGGGCGCUGCAGGAGAGCAUGCGGGACGUCCAGGGGAGACUGCAGAGCCUGGAGAGCAUGCCUGUCCCCCGCAAGCAGAGGCCAAGGCCCGGCACUGGGCUCUCUGCUCCCACGCUGCUCUUCUUCCUCCUGUGGCCCUUCAUCGUCCAGUGGCUCUUCCGACAGUUUCGGACCCAGAAGAGGUGACUCUCAAUGGAGGAGUCUCUGCAGCCAACGGAGGAGACUCUGAGCCUUCCUGGAGUUUAGGAGAACGGUGUUAAACCCCGCUCCCACCUGCUUCCUGCCCCAAUUAGUGUUUGCCUUGGCACCUCUCCCCUAAUGGGGAGCCAGAUAGGACCCCACUCUUCCUGCCGCUCCACAGGAACUCCCCUCCUCUCACCCCCAACCACCUCAGGCUCCCUGGGGAGGCUGCACGUGUGGUGCACGUCCCCAGUUCAGGGCUGGCGGCUGAUUCAGGGCGGAGCUGCCGGGUCUCAGCCUCUGCCCUCCCCACCCUCUGGGUCACCUGACUCCUUUCCCACCCCAGCCUCUCCCCGAGGAGGCUCAGCUCGUGGGCAAGUUGGGACUUGGGCCGGGGCCUGGAAGAAUGAUUGGCUGGGAGGCCCGACCGAGCUGGGGAAAGGCGGAGAGAGCUGACUCCGGGGGAGGGGAGCCUGCUCCGUCUUCCUGGCCGCCCUACCCCACAUAUACUCAGGACGUCUUCACUAAACAUUAACUUACAAAAGAGUGUUUCACUGAAUAAAAUAAAACCUUCAUCUUCUGCC